AUGGUCAACUCGUCAGAGCAUGGACCAGCUCGUGUCAUCCCUCACAAGGACUAUUAUAUUCGUGGUGGUGAUAUGACCGUACUGCUGUUCUUCCGCCAGAAGUUCCAGUCAGCCGAAGGCGAGAAGCGCGGCUUAUCAGACAACAAUGCCUAUACUUUGGACGACGUCAAGAGCGAAGACUUCGUACAUUUUCUCUGGGUCUUCUACAACCCAAAAUAUUCGCUCAAUGAGGCACCUCUCGAGACGUGGCUGAGUAUCCUACAUCUCGCCAACCGGAACUCGCAGGAACUCAAGAAAAUUCAGAUAGAACCCGUCGAGAAGAUCGCAAUCUAUCAUGAGCACAGUAUCAACAAGAUCUUCCUCAUCCCAGCGUAUAUCGCGGUCUGCAAGAGGGAUAAGCCUUUGACCUUUUCUGAGGGCAUACAGCUUGGGAUGGAGACUGUUCUCCGUGUCGCAGACACUCGUGAGUGGGCUCACCAGCGUGCUGCUGAGAGCGGAGUCCGCUCGCCUACAUUUGACGAUUUCGAAGACGGUGAGAUGGAAUCUAUGGUCAAGGAGGUUUUUGGAAUAACGUCGCAACUACCAUCGUCGAUUGCACAAACUAGUAAUUCAUCUAGCCAUACCAACGGGUCUACCUACACAGACAGCACGAAAGUCAACGGGUCAGCAACAGCCAAAGCCAGUGGCGGCUCCUCAAUUCGUACUAACGGUUCAUCCAAUCCUUCGCUAAAUGCUGGUUCAAAGCUGGCUGCUUCGGUGCUUGAGAACAAGACGCCCCUGGAGAAGCCCAAAGCGUCUGAACAGAUGAAUGCGUCUUCCACUACAUCCCCCUCUACUGAUCCAUUCCAGGCUGGCUGCUACAAACCAAGAUGA